GUCAGCAGAUUUAUACCCACCCCAAAAGGAGCGGUUCUUGUGUAGUCUUAUGUAGCCAAUACCACUUGCUGCCAUACUGUAGUUCCCUGUUGAACGUGGACACCUUGCGAUAGCCCGCUGCUUGAGUCACCGCGCGACGCCGACAGAUUCCUAGGCUGGACCGCCUUUCUGUUGAUAAGCAUCCGAUGGUAUUCAGUACAAGAUGGCGGUGUCUGGCAUGGAAAAGGACGGAAUAAAUACUGAAGAUGAUCAUCUUGAUGAUUCAUUCGGAAACCCCGCGUUGAUUUCUCCAGACAAGGAGGAUAUAUCACGCCUUCUGACGGUUCCUUUCAAUGGCCGUAUCAAAGGUGGGAUGAGACCGGGCAAGAAGAUCAUAGUGAUGGGCAUCGUAGAUCCCGAGCCUGACAGCUUUGACGUGAGCCUGACCUGUGGCCCUGUGGGUGACAAGGGUGACCAGGACCCAAAGACGGACGUGGCCCUCAAGCUGAGCGCCCGAUUCGCUGACCGCCAGUUCCUCCGUAACGCCCGCGUUACUGGAAAGUGGAGUGAGGAAGAGGUGCCCAUCCCCUACUUCCCCUUCAUCCAAGACCAGCCCUUCAGGAUUGAGAUCCACUGCGAGCACCAGCGCUUCCGGAUAUUUGUGGACGGCCACCAGCUCUUUGACUUUUAUCACAAAGUGAAGUCCUUGCUAUCCAUCGACAUGAUCAGGAUAGACGGCAGUCUACAGAUCACCAAGCUGGGCUGAGGCCAGCCUUGCGGGUGUGCGCGCAGGCUGUGUCGGAUGGACCUCUGUCAGGUGACUCAGCCUCACCUGUUCCCCCCCACCUGAUCUACACCCUGCACUGCUACAGGAGUUUGGGGUUCCUCCCUGCUCAAUCUUGAGCUCACCAAGGCAUCACCCUCCUCCACCCAUGGCUUGUCUCAUCUCUUGCUCUCCAGUUCUCUCUCUCUCUUUCUCUCCGGGGGGCCCUUGGAGGGGGCCCCAAUAUGUCGGUGAAUGGUUGCAAUGCUCAGCUUAGUGUGUUUCUGGAGCAACGCUUUUACAGUUCCACUCUUCAUUUUCUUCUGUUCUGAUGUUUUGUUUGUUUUUGUCAGGGAUGUCACAAUAAUACACAGUAUGCACUCUAGUUCGGCAGAGAAAAGCUAUAGGAUGAUCUGCUGCGUACUUGCUGCUUCAAGACUUAAGUGCAACAUUUUGAGCAUUAGUGCUAGUCUCACAAUGGGAAAGAAGUUCUAGUUAAAGCACUCAGGAAAUAACUUUAGGUGUAUUUAUUCAUUAUAAAAGGCAUAUUUUGUAAUGGGUUGAAGAUUUAUCGUAAAUAGCUAUAAAUUGAGUAUUGUCAGCAUUCUUGUUUAUCAGCUUAGUAUACAAUACAUACUGUAUAUUUUCCAGUCAAAUUGGGUACAGUGCUUUUCAACAGUAUUUGUAUUUCAAACCCAGCGAACGAAAUACAUAACAAGGAUAUAUUACGUACUCCUCUCAAUGUAGCAGCAUUUUGACAGAUGAUCUUGAUGUUACUGAUAUUUCUUUCACAUAGCUCUAUUCCUCGGUUUCUGUUCAUUGCAACCAUUCAUUAAUGAGAUUUAAAUCAUGCACUGACAUACUGUAGAAUGUAAUAGACACAGGCGUGUUGAAGCCCUUAAAAGAAGUGAUGACGGAUUAGAGCGGAUCAGAGCUGAAUGCUCCACUUCUGUUUUGCCAAAUUUCCAGGCAUAUUGCAACGUUUGGGAUUUCAACACUCAAAUUAUACAAAAUUCUCAAUUACAUGGCUGUACUACACUCUUCAAAAAUGGAUUGGGAUUUGAUUCCGGCUUUAACUAGAUUGAUGUAGUAGUUGUACACUACAGUGAUUGAAAAGAAACAGAAAAUAAAUAUACACACACACACAGCCAUUGACCUAUUUUACAGAAACUGUAGGGACCUCCUCUGAAAGUUUACAGUAGUGUUAGUUUUCUGUGAUUGUCGUGAUGAUGAAAAACAGGGCUGAUUUAGUUUUUUCUUGAAUGUACAGCACAGUACUUCUGGUUCUCUUCAUAGUAUGAAUAUAAGGUGAGCAUAAAACCGUUUACGAAAUAGGCCUGUCGUCUCUCCGUUUCUUCGUUAAAUGUAAAGAUUUAACAGCUUAUUUUAUUUCAUGUUGCAAGGCUUUGCUGCCAUUUUGGGCUAUUCUUAUCAAGUUUGCCAUGGUUGUGCUUCCUUUGCACCACAUUUUGUCCCACAUGCUAGACAUGAUGUUACCUUUUUUUUCCCCGUUUCUCUCCUUCUGUAGUCAGGAAGUCCCCUCUGGGAGCUCUCCUGCUCUGAGGCUGUCGGCGUGCAUGUCGGCUACCUUAUGUUAGAAACUUUUUUUAUGUUAUCAACAAUUUGCUGAUUACCAUUGCAUUGUAGCCCGGGGUGGUAUAGCACCGCUAGUUAUCUCGUAAGGAUUGUGUUAUGAACGCUCUCUCAGACAUCUGUGGAGAUGCAUAAGACCCAUGGCACCUGAGUAAUCGUCUCCAUUUGCGUGGGGCUGAAACAUGACACGCAGCCCUCAUGCUAGCUCUGUACUCAACAGUAUUUUUUUGCUCCCUGCACUGCCACAGCACGGUCUGUAUCAAGUUUAAUAUACCUCCUGAGAGCAGUAUAAGGCUCGUGAUAAAGCCAUGUUACUGGGUUUGUGUUGUUGUUUGUGUGGUGUGUCCCCCUGUGUGUGGCUUGGCUGAGAGGUUCGCGGUUCCUCAUGGAACUUCACGGAACUUCUCCUGAGCUCGUCUCUGACCUUAUUCUUAUUCUUAUUCUUUAUUAGGAUUCCCAUUAGCUUCCCCACAAAGGGGUCGCUAGUCUCCCUGGCGGUGUGCAGCUUGGGUGGAAGCACUGAGUUCAUUGUGAGUCAGCCUCUCCGUCUGUCAUGGGCCAUAGCCUGACCCAGUGUCCGUAUGCCUGCUCUGAGGCUUGGCUUCUCUCUUGCAGUGGUCACUGGAUGGGAGAGGGAUGUCCUGGAGGGAGAAUAUGGUACAGAGAUGCUAUUGUGCUCUGCUGAAGUUGUCCAUUGUCCAGCUCACUGCUCUCAUUGUCAGACGCUGCUAUGGUCCAGCUUCGCUCCUCCCACGGGCCGAGUCCGCCGUUGGAUUUGUUUACUAUUCAAGUGUUUUGAGUCAGAGAUGAGCCAUCAGAAAUUUUUCCAGAUGGGGGCUUUUGCUGGUUUCCAUGGUUUCGUAGCAGAUGUUUGAUCACAAAGAGCACCACACAGCAGUCCGCAUGUGCAGACUCUCUUUACAAUGUGCUUAAAGUGUUACGAAGUAUGAAGUUCGAUUCCUUAAAAAUCUAAAAACCUAUGCUCUGAAUUUCUUUUUACAUUCACUAGAGUAAUAAAAGCAAUAAAAAUGCACAUCUCUCGGUAAUACUCCAAUUUUACUGGAACAGAUUAUCUGACAGUCUUCCCAAGUUGGAGCAACUGGCACGGCCCAUUUGCAUUAGGGAGUCAUUGUUCCUUUUGGACAGCGAACCAGAAAUGAGUAGUGAAAAUACAAGCGCAAGAGGAAAUCACAUGCCCUGACUUGGCAGUGUGGUUCUGAAAUACUAUUUUCACUGCUUGCUCUCGAUAUAAACUUGGCUAUGUUACAUUGGUGCUUUCAUCGUUCUGUGAAUAAGCUGAGCAGAGACACUACUUCGGGUCCAUUUCGAACAUGAAUCGGUGCGUUCUCUACUUCACCCCACCCUUCCCCACUUCACUCACCCACCAACACAUCCACACCAGUACAGUGUUGCUCACAUAAGAGCACAAUGCACACUUGGGAGAUGUUUGGCAGAUCAAAGGAAAGGAAGGGAAGCCCAGGAUUAAAGUCUUUUUCACAACUGGGUCAGACAUGUUACUGUCAAGUUAAAUGGGUAUAAUUGGAGUUUUGAUUAUUUUUUUUUUAAUGCCAUUUGAGCGUAAUGAAAUCCAGAAGCUCAUGUUGGGUGAAUGAAGGAUGUAAUGCUGCCAUUAUCAGUUAUCUGUUAUGACUCCAAUCUUUUUUUAUCUGAUGCUCAUAGUUGUUAAAAGUGUAUGCUCAGUACAGUUUGAUCAGUGCAAUGUUAUGAAAUGAAGGAAGUAUUGCUUCACAUUGUCCUGGCUGUUGUCCUUGGAUUCUAACCAGCUUUGCUCACUGGGAGAAAGCUAUAAAUAAAGCUUGUAUUUACCCUCAAAACAAAUUUCCCGUAGCUUCUCCAUUUUCAAAAUGUUGUCAUAGACCAGUUUGAUCUGAAUGUCUUUGCUCAUGAUUGUAACUAAUUGUUACUAUGCCUUUUGGACUUUGGAUGUAAAUAUUUUGAACAGGGUGAAAUAAGGUCUGUUUUAAACAUGUUGAAACAACAGCAUAAGUGAAGUGCUAUAGGGGUUGAUUGAUUGUGUAGACGGUGUAUCCAAGUACCUGUCUGUCCUCAAGUACCUGCCAUGCUAAAGUAGUUAGCUUAUUUUCAGUAGUAUCUCUUAGCAUGUCUUUUUUUACUUUCCAUUGCUUUGUAGUACAGAAGUAAACAGCUAAAAGUGAGGGACAGCCCAAAGUUUAGUCUUGGUCCUCAUUUUGUACAUCAGCAUAUUAAAAGCAAUGUAUUAAUGGGGUAGCCUAAUGCCUAGAGCUAGUUUGUGCUGUUGUGUAAAUGUAACGUGUGGUUGUCUGAUCAUGUUUCAUUUGAAAGCAUUUUUAGUAGAAAGGGCUGCAAAGUAGAAAUGGAUUUCCCAGCAUUUUCAUACCUCCAUUACCAUUCCGAAAUGUGCCUGUUGAAAUAUGGCAUACAGGAUGAGUUUAGAAUCCAAGAGAGUGUGCGAGUUGAUUUGAAUACUUGAUUCUAACCAAAUUUCUGUUUCACCAAUUGACUUACGAAUUCAAAGCACUUUUAAACCACACAGAGGCUUAGAACACAGAAGACCGAGCUGAUGAAUCAUGUGUGAUUUGAAAGCAUAUUUUAUAAAUCUAGUGUAGAAACACAACGCAGCCAAUGUAAAUGACACAAUAAAAUGUUUCAACACUAUGUGGCUGUUUGUAACUUGACUCCCUUCUUUCAGUUCAGUGGUAUAGUGCAAAAAUACUUGACAUCUGGAGGGAAAAAUGGUUUAAUGUGUAUUCCUGAAAAGGUAGAUAUGCAACACACAGCCUACACCAUUUUCAGAAUUCUAAUAAUUCAUUUUAUGU